GCUGCUCGCGGUUCAGCCGCCCCCACCCGCAGGGCUCAGACUCGACCAUGUCCUCGAAGGCCACAGCCAUGGGGGCGCAAGUGUGAGAGCAGAGAGGGAGAGACACCCGAGAGUGGGAGCAGCUGCAGUGAGGCAUCCCCCAAAGUGAAGUAUGCUUGCAGAACCCGUCCUGGCUGCAUGGGAGCAGGAGCAGCUCGGAGCCGUCAAACUGGAGGAGGAGGAGGCCGUCGGCCAGGAGGGCCCCAGGCGGCCAGAGGCCAGGCACCGGCCUGAGGUGGCUCACCAGCUCUUCAGAUGCUUCCAGUAUCAGGAGGAUAUGGGGCCGAGGGCAUCCCUGAACCGGCUCCGGGAGCUCUGCAGCCACUGGCUGCGGCCUGAGCUGCACACCAAGAAGCAGAUCCUGGAGCUGCUGGUGCUGGAGCAGUUCCUGAGCGUGCUGCCCCCACACCUCCUGGCCCGGCUCCAGGGCCAGCAGCUCAGGGAUGGCGAGGAGGUGGUGCUGCUGCUGGAGGGUGUCCAGACGGAGUCCAGCAAUGUGGGGCCACUGGAUUUUAGUUUUAAUUCUGGCAAGAACUGUCCCCGUGCAGACAUCACCUUGGAGGAACAUGGGGGCCCUUCCCAGGUCUCCAGCCACAGCCCCAAAGGAGAAGUGCCCACAGAAGGGGCUUCAGCCCUGGAGCCAUCGAAGGAACUCCCACCAUCUCAGCCAGGACCCUCCAAGCCUGCUGAGCUGGGGCCCUGGAGACAUUCCCCAAGUCCAAAGCAGACCCAGAGCCCAGGUCCCAAGAGGACAUUCCAGGCCCUGCAAGAGAGCGCCCCCCAGGGUCCCCUGCUGUGGCUGGAGGAGAACUCCCGAGAUCAGGAGCUGGCAGCUGUGCUGGAGUGCCUGACCUUUGAAGACGUCCCAGCAAAGAAAUCUUGGCCCAUGCACCCUCUGGGAUUUGGAAGCAGAACCCCAGAUGAAGAGUUUAACGACGAGCCCGAAGGGGUUGCCCGACCCGCUGCCACCUCAGCAGAGUCUCGGGCAGAUAGUCCCAGGGUGGUGGAAGAGCCCCAUGCGCAGUCGCUCGGCCAGCGCCCGGAGGUGAAUGGCAGCGGCGGAGGAGCGUCGUCUCCCAGCAAGAGUGACGUUCCGGAGGUCAAAGUGGCCGGGGAGGUCCCCAAGUCGGAGCGAGAGAUGAAGGUCGUCUGCCCAGAAUGCGGCGUGAGCUUCCCGGAGCUGGCCCGCCUGGAGGCGCACCAGCUGCGCUCUCACCCGGGGGCGCGGUCCUUCCCAUGCCGGUGCUGUGGGAAGAUCUUCGGCCGCAGCUCCAUCCUCAAGCUGCACAUGCGCACACACACGGACGAGCGGCCACACGCCUGCCACCUCUGCGGCCACCGCUUCCGCCAGAGGUCGCACCUGAGCAAGCACCUGCAGACGCACUCCUCAGAGCCCGCCUUCCUGUGCGCCGAGUGCGGCCAGGGCUUCCAGCGCCGGGCCAGCCUCAUGCAGCACCUGCUGGCGCACGACCGGGACCAGAAGCCGCGGUGUGCCCAAGAGACCAAGACCGAAGCGCCGGAGCCAGCGGCCGUCCUGUGCUCCCACUGCGGCCAAACCUUCCAGCGCCGCUCCAGCCUCAAGCGCCACCUGCGGACCCACGCCAAGGACCAGGGCCACCAGUGUUCCGAGUGCUCUGGCAGCCUGCGCCCGAUCCCUGAGCGCAGGCCCUAUGUGUGCGGCGACUGCGGCAAGGCCUUCCGGCGCAGCGAGCACCUGGGGACCCACAGGCGCGUGCACACGGGCGAGCGGCCCUUCUCCUGCCAGCUCUGCGGCCGCAGCUUCAGCCAGAGCUCCCAGCUGGUCUGCCACCUGCGGGUGCACACGGGCGAGAAGCCCUACGGCUGCCCGCACUGCGGGAAGCGUUUCGUGCGCCGGGCCAGCCUCGCCCGCCACCUCCUGAGCCACGGCGGCGCGAGGCCCCACCACUGCACCCAGUGCGACAAGAGCUUCAGCCAGAUGCAGGACCUCGCCCGCCACCAGCGCAGCCACACGGGCGAGAAGCCCUGCCGCUGCAGCCAGUGCGGUGAGGGCUUCAGCCAGAGCGCCCACCUCGCGCGCCACCAGCGCAUCCACACCGGGGAGAAGCCCCACAUCUGUGACACCUGCGGCCACCGCUUCCGCAACAGCUCCAACCUGGCCCGCCACCGCCGCAGCCACACCGGGGAGCGGCCCUACGGCUGCCAGACAUGCGGCCGCAGCUUCCGGCGCAAUGCCCACCUGCAGCGGCACCUGGCCACCCAUGCAGGGACGGGAGAUGCGGCGGCGAAUGGGCAGGCUGAGCCCCCCCAGGAGUGUCGGGAGUGCGGCAAGAGCUUCAGCCGCAGCUGCAACCUGCUGCGGCACAUGGUGGUGCACACGGGGGCCAGGCCCUACUCAUGCUUACAGUGUAGCCGCAGCUUCAGCCGCAACUCCCACCUGCUGCGCCACCUGAGAACCCACGCGCGGGAGACCCUGUACUAACUGCGCCGGGUUCCCCAGGCAUGCCCUGCGCGCAUCUCCCCGGCAUCCUCCACAGCCCAGGCCUGCAGCGGCUGUCCCUGUCCACCACCCCACACCACCUCCUUCUGAGUCCACCAACCCUGCAUGUUAGUUCUGCCCUUCCCCAGAGGCAUCUCUUCCUGGCCUCAGGCAUGUAUUUCAAAAUGCUCAAAGUAAAACAGCCUUCUGGAAAGUGGUCCCUCUACAUUUUUAAGUUCCCUGAAUACCAUCUGUUAC